AUCAUUAUUCAGAUUCCGAGAACGAGAAGGAGAAGGAAAGGAGAAGCAGACGACGAAGGGAAUCAUCAAAACAUGACGGGUCACAACGCGAUCGAAGUAACGAAGACGGUGCUUGAAGUAGCGGACGUGGCGUGGACCGCCGUGGAAACCUACCACCACCACCACCAUCACAGCGACGAGAGUCACGAGUCAACCGAUUCGAUCACCGAUCCACGAGAUCGAGAAUUAGAAGCUCUUCGAAGAGAGAAUCGCCGUCUCAGAACUUUGCUUGAAGCGAAUCUUAAGCUCUUUGAAACUCUCGCUGAAUCUGCUGCGUUAUCGCACGAUUGCCCUAGCGACCUCUAUGCAAGGAUCAUAUCGAUGGUUACUUCGAGAGAUUUCUUGGCUCGAUUAGAAAGUCUAAGGCAAGCCUUAUCUAAUGGAACUCAUAAUCAAUUUCCCUUCAAAGAGCCCUCAGAAGAUGAUGUGCAGACUGUUGAAGUUCUUAUAGAGAUUGACCAUCAAGAGCCAAGUUGGUGGGUUUUGGUCACAGAUGAUAUGAUCCCUAGCAAUGUCGAAGAGAAAAGCGCAAUCGAUAACGACCAUUACAUUGUUGUGAAUGAGGAACAUGUGGUGGAUGCUGUUGCACACUUUUUAGCAAAAUGCAUCAUGUCAAAUCCCAAAGCUAAGAUUCUCAAACCUGAAGAGCUUCAAAAGGUUUUGGUCCAAGAAGUUAGUGCUCUGAGCAAGGUAGGGAAGAUAGUGGAUAUAUGGCAUGCUGGGAAAAUGUUCUAUACAUUCUCCUCCUGGGGACUCGCUUUUGGAGGGUUGUACCAAGCUCGUGGUGCGCUGAAGAUAGCUGCUAAGGGUGUUCAUGCGACCAGCAAAGUUGUUCUUAGGGCUCUGUGAGGUCUAAUUCGAUGAAAGCAGAGAUGAUUCUCCACUAUCAUAAGGUUUGUGUAUGUGUGAGGGAAUGACCUUUUUUUUUUAAGUACUAAUAUUGCUUUGUGUAAAUAGUGUAAAAAGCGUUUGAUCGAAAUUGUAUUUUAAUUGAUUUCAAUUCUACAUUUGUUAUUUAAUUGCUUGUGUAAAUUAGUGCAAAAAGCGUUUGAA